UUUGCCUCAUGUGUUCAUAAAACGGGUUUCGGGCUCCUAGUUUGACAGCAGAGAAAAUUUAGAGAUAUCUAGAAAUCAGUUGAUAAACCGUAAUUAUGAGUACUAGAUUUAUUUUACUAUCUGUGGUUUUCAGUUCUGUGAUUUUAAUCGAAGGAAUCAGAGUACAAUAUAAUGAACGCAACCAUGAUCUUGAGGAGGCUGGAGUUCAAACUCGCAACAAGAGACAAGCUAAUUGGUGGAAUGCCCCGGGAGCGAUGGGGGCUGCAAUUGACCCCAAUGCCCCGGGAGCGAUGGGGGCUGUGUUUGACCCCAAUGCCCCGGGAGCGAUGGGGGCUGUGUUUGAUCCUAAUGCUCCGGGGGCGAUGGGGGCCGCAUUUGAUCCCAAUGCCCUAGGAGCGAUGGGGGCUGUGUUUGAUCCCAAUGCUCCAGGAGCGAUGGGGGCUGUGUUUGAUCCUAAUGCCCCAGGAGCGAUGGGGGCUGUGUUUGAUCCCAAUGCUCCAGGAGCGAUGGGGGCUGUGUUUGAUCCUAAUGCCCCGGGAGCGAUGGGGGCUGUGUUUGAUCCUAAUGCUCCAGGAGCGAUGGGGGCUGUGUUUGAUCCUAAUGCCCCGGGAGCGAUGGGGGCUGUGUUUGAUCCUAAUGCUCCGGGGGCCAUUGGAGCAGCUUUCGAUCCAAAUGCUCCAGGUGCAAUGCAGUUCGCCUUUGAUCCGAAUGCUCCGGGGGCCAUGGGGGCGGUAUUUGAUCCUAAUGCACCAGGAGCCAUGGGGGCCGCGUUUGAUCCUAAUGCUCCAGGUGCUAUGCAGUUUGCAUUUGAUCCUAACGCUCCUGGGGCUAUGCCAGCGGCGUUUGACCCUAACGCUCUCUGGGCCAUGCAGUUAUAUAACCCGACAUUAGUGAAUAAUCCAGCAGCUAUGAAUGCGCAACCUGUACAGAACGCCCAGUUCGCCGCUUUGAACAAUCCAGCUGCUAUGAAUGCGCAACCUGUACAGAACGCCCAGUUCGCCGCUUUGAAUAAUCCAGCUGCUCAGAUGAAUGCUCAAGUUGCCGCGUUGAAUAAUCCAGCUGCUCAGAUGAACGCCCAAGUUGCCGCGUUGAAUAAUCCAGCUGCUCAGAUGAACGCCCAAGUUGCCGCGUUGAAUAAUCCAGCUGCUCAGAUGAACGCCCAGGUUGCCGCGUUGAAUAACCCAGCUGCUCAGAUGAACGCCCAAGUUGCCGCGUUGAAUAACCCAGCUGCUCAGAUGAACGCCCAAGUUGCCGCGUUGAAUAACCCAGCUGCUCAGAUGAACGCUCAAGUUGCCGCGUUGAAUAACCCAGCUGCUCAACAGAACGCCCAAGUUGCCGCGUUGAAUAACCCAGCUGCUCAACAGAACGCCCAAGUCGCCGCGGCAAAUAAAAAAGGUGGCAGAAAAAAUAAUAGAACAAUUUAAUGAAUUAUUGAGGUUCUGUUCUAUCAAUUAUUUUUUUGUUUUAAUGGUGUUUGUGUAUUUUUACAUCCUAAAAAAUAAAUGAAUUUUUACAAAA